CCUCCGCCGCUCAGGUGUGUCUCACCAGCUCACAAACAGGAAGCAGCCAGACACUCCUCUGACGGGCCAAUUACACCGACACAGCGCUGACGUCACUCAGACCUGCCGACUGAUCGUCCUCAGUGACGCCUCCACCUCUCUGACAGACACCACCGAUCGUCCUCCACCUGAGCAGAUGUUCACCCUGCCUGCUGUGCAGAUGAAUCCUCGUCCCUGGAUGACGCUGGCGUUCCUGCUGUUGGCUCGCUCCAGUUUGGGUGAUGUGGACCAGAACUGGCUGACUGGUAUCAUCAGAGGAAUCAGGACAGAGUACCAAAUAAACGGACAGUUCUGUCUGGCUGCAAACAUCCCAGUGAAACUCAAACCAAAAGACCUUCAUCAAGUCCUCAAGAACGACCGCUACAUAGGAAAUGUUGAGGACACUCUUAACGACGGUGUUUACAAAGGCAACAAUGUGGUCAUUGCUAGACCUGCAGGACCGGUACAUGCAGAACCUCAAGUUCUGACAAACUUACAUGGAUUGAUCGGCGACACUCAGGAUAAACUCCUGCUCAUCUACUCCUACCUCUCCCCGUGUGACAAAAAGUGUACAGACCCAAAAAAUAAAUUCAACAUCAUCAAAACAAUUAAAGAAAACGUCCUUCCGUAUUGGAGAAAUGUUGCCUUCGUGUUUACAAAAGUCUUUGAUGACCCCGAAUCUAGUUCUGGUCCUGACAAAAUGGCCUUGAGAGAAUCACUGGAACGGCUCGGGGAUUCUGGGAUCAAUCUCCAAAACAUUUUCCGCUGUGACAAAAUAGGAGAAAACUUUCAGUGCCUUAGUUGCUCAUCAGAGGGGUCAGUUUCAGACGUUUGUGUUGAUAACAACUUUGUACCUGGACAGGGAGGAAGCAGCAGCUGGAUCAGGGACAGAAUCAACACCAGUCGAAUCAGGGACAGAAGCAGCAGCAGGGGCCGAUACAACACCGGUCCAAAGAAACAAAGGAACAGAACUCAUAGAGUGAGCAGCAGCGGGGACCGAUACAACACCGGUCCAAAGAAACAAAGGAACAGAACUCAUAGAGUGAGCAGCAGCGGGGACCGAUACAACACCGGUCCAAAGAAACAAAGGAACAGAACUCAUAGAGUGAGCAGCAGCGGGGACCGAUACAACACCGGUCCAAAGAAACAAAGGAACAGAACUCGUAGUUCAAGCAGCAGAGGUCCAAGUCCAAGAAGAAACCGCAGCAGCACUAAAAGAAGCAGUAGAAGAAGCAGUAGGAGCAGGAUGAGGGGUUAGAUGAGUUCUGGUUUCUGAUAUGAUUCAGUUUUCAGAAUUGGACCCAGCUGACUGAGACAGAGAGGUUCUUGAUGCUUGAUGACGCAGUUUUUUCCUGAGUUGCACAAGUCUGUAAAUACCAAGAUUCUGGAUAUUUCUAUAGCUGCACCACUGAUCUGUGUGACCUGUUGUUCUUCACGCUGAUUAAAAACAUGUGAAAUCUUGUAAAUGACCUUUAUUAUAUUUACAUGGAUAGAAAAUGUUGAUUCCUCUGCUGGCGCUGACCCGUAGGUCAGCUGUCAGGACUCAGACCUGACGUGACUCUGGACCACCUCACUGAUAAAGUUUUCAGAGGGCAGGUUCUGAUGGUCCAGUGCAGCAUGGUUGUGUUCCAGUGUGACAAUCUGAUUACAGCAGCUUGUUGAACCAUCCCUGAUGUAAAAGCUCUGACAUCCUGACACACGUGACAUAAUGAUCAUAUCUAAUGAUACCUGCCUGAUCUCUGUGGACUCCUCGGUGCUCACGACAGUCAUUUUAUUCUGCAUGUAAAGAUGGAAACCUUCACUGUUCUGCUUGUUCACUCUAAACAAAGCCUCAGCACCAAACACCAAAGACCAGCUAUCAAUUAUCAGUCAGUUAUCAAUACAUUAUUUUCUGCUGACUGGACAAAGAAUGAUGAUUUAAACUGAACAGAUUGUAUUUGUUAAUAAAGUCAACAUGUCUGCAGACGA